CAAGCAUUGUGAUUGUGAGAGAUAUUGCUAUUACUAUUAUUGGAAAGAAAUGGAAGGGGAGAGCCAUGGCAAUGUGCCACAUGGGCCUAAUAAACGAAGCCCCGAGAGCCCGUGUGUAAAAAGUAGUGGUAGCAGCAACAACAAUCACCCUGACAACAACAAUAAAGAACAAGAUCGGUUCCUCCCUAUAGCGAACGUCGGCAGAAUUAUGAAAAAAGUGAUUCCGAGCAAUGGGAAAAUCUCCAAGGAUGCAAAAGAAACUGUUCAAGAAUGUGUGUCCGAGUUCAUUAGCUUUGUCACAGGGGAAGCCUCGGAUAAAUGCCAAAGAGAAAAGAGGAAGACCAUCAAUGGAGAUGAUAUCAUAUGGGCAAUCACUACCUUAGGAUUUGAGGAAUAUGUAGCGCCCUUGAAAUUGUACCUAAGCAAAUAUAGAGACAUUGAAGGAGAGAAGCUUAACAUCCCAAAGCAACAAAGAUCUGAGCAAAAGCAGCAGCAGCAACAGCAACAACCUCAGCAGCAACAAUCAGAACAUGAACAUAACUUACCUUACAACAGCAGUGUAUAUUCUUCAACAAACUUAUUGUCUCAUCACCCAUCUUUUGUGCCUUCUGAUCAACCAUUUUCCUUGCCUUUCUCAUCCAAUUCCAUUCAAAAGCAAUUACAGCAGCAAGACCAAAUUGAUUCAAUGGGGCAUUGGUAAGAUCAAGAAAUAUUGUUUUCCAUUUUUUCCUUUUUCCUUUUUUAUUUUUAUUUUUGCUAUAUUGUUAAUUAAUUUGAUAUACACACUUGAAUAUAUAUUGUAAUGUUAUGUAAUAAUAACAUUAUACGUUUUUGUGUCUAAAA